CCGUAAGGUCGUCGGAAUAGAAUUUACCUACAAAUACCCGGGUGGGAUACCCUAAACGCAGCUGUCAUUUGUACAGUAAGAUGACGUCUCCCUCGCCGUCACAUGACCCGCUCCUUACAGUAAAAACCCAACAUGGCAGCGGCAGUAGCUAUUCCACUGUAACUACAGCAACAAUCCCACAAAUACGGCAACACGAGCACAAAAUCGAGCCGCCGGUUGCGCUCCAACCGCAGUCAUGAGGGACAAGCCGAGGAAGAAGAAAGGGAGGACGUGGGCAGAGGCUGCCAAAACGGUGCUGGAGAAGUACCCCAACACUGCCAUGAGCCACAAAGAGAUCCUCCAAGUCAUCCAGAGAGAGGGGCUGAAGGAGAUAAGCGGCACCUCCCCGCUGGCGUGUCUGAAUGCGAUGCUGCACACGAAUUCCCGAGGGGAGCAGGGGAUUUUCUACAAAGUGCCCGGCCGCAUGGGAGUCUACACGCUGAAGAAGGACAUCGCGGACAGUCCGAAGGAUCUCUCGGAGGACGGCUCGGAGAGCAGCGACGUCGCUUCCGAUUCGCAGAGCACGGAGAACGGGAAUAACGCCAACAGCAAGGAGGGCCAGAGGGGCAAGUGGAGGAGGAGAGUGGCCUCCAAGCUGCAGUCCCAGCCGGCCUCACCUCAGUCCCGCUGCACCUCGCCGUCCGUUCCAGCCGCCAAAAUCAUCUCCCCCUCCCAGAAGCACAGCAAGAAGGCCCUCAAACAGGCCCUGAUGCAGCAGAGGAACCAGCGGCGGCAGGUCGGGAUUUCCGCUUCCUCCUCUUCCUCCUCCUCCUCUUCCUCCCAGCUGGUCCUGAAGAGGGCCAAAGAGAUGGCGGACCCCACCAGCAGCGCCAAGACCGCCUGGGAGCUGAAGAGGUCGACGCAGCGCGCUGCCAGCCCUCCGAACUCCUCCAGCUCUUCCUCAUCCUCCUCUUCGGCGAAAGCGGACCUCUGCUCCUCCGUCAGCACCCGCAAGAUGACCCAGCGGUCGGACCGGCUCAGCGCACGGCAGCUGAAGCGCACCAAGGGGGCGGAGAUCGACGUGGAGACGCCGGACUCCAUCCUGGUGAACACCAACCUGCGGGCGCUGAUCAACAAGCACACGCUCUCCAUCCUGCCGCCGGACUGCCAGCAGCGCCUGCUGCCGCUGCUCCCCGAGGUGGACCGACAGACCUGUGCUGACGGCCAGUGGAAACUGAGCAGCUCGGCCUUGAACAACGAGUUCUUCACGUCCGCCGCACAGUCCUGGAAGGAGAGACUCGCGGAAGGCGAUUUCACCCCCGAGAUGCGGCUGAGGGUGCGGCAGGAGCUGGAGAAGGAGAAGAAGAUGGAGCCCUGGAAAGAGCAGUUCUACGAGAGCUACUAUGGCCAGACUUCUGGGCUCAGUUUGGAAGAAUCCAGAGAGCUGACGGUGACGCCUCCCAGCCCGGAACGUUCCGAACCCCAGCCGGCUCCUCCUUCCCCUCCCCCUCCCGCCCCCCCUCCAAAGCAAGCCGAGCCUGUGAAGGGGACGAGGGUGGGGGCCGGGGAGGCUCACCCCGAAAAGGAAGAGAGGAGCCCCUCCCCCAGCUUAAAACAGGAGACGCCAGAGGGGGGGUCCGAUGCCGAGCCCGCAGCCGCCCCCCCAGACCAGCCGGUGGUCCCCGACACCCCCCCGCCGGUCCCCAAAACACCAGAGGCGUCCUCACCGACACCCAGUGAUGAGGUCAGCCCCGCCCAAUCGGAGAGGGCCCCCAGGGAGUUUGGCCAAUCAGGAGAAGGGCUGGAAGGCAGGGCCAAAGUAGAGACCCCUCCCCCAAAAGACCAGAAUGUGGGGAAGGCCACACCCACCCAGGUGGAGACCCCCACCAGCACUGAAGCUCCUGAGUCGGAGCUUGUGGGGGCGGAGCCUGUGGGGGCGGGGCCUGUGGGGGCGGAGCCUGUAGGGGUGGAGCCCGUGGAGGCGGUGGCCCCGGAGCCCGUGAAGAGGAAGUGUUCCUCCAGUGAAGAGGAAGUGGCCCCCAGCCCAGAGAAGAGGCCCCGAGUGUCAGAGGUACCCCCUCUUCCCCCGACACCCCCUCUGCCCCCAACACCCCCUCCAAGACCCUCCCUCCAAGUCAAGGAGCGGCCCACGGCACCCAGAGUCCCUCCACUCACGAUUCCAGUCUCGUGGAUCUCGUCCAGUCCGGGGGCCAGUGGGAGCCCGAUCUCUCCGCGGACGCCGUUCCCAGCCCCCCUCCCCAGCCCGGGGGGGCGCACGGGGGCUCGAACCCUCGCCGACAUCAAGGCCAAAGCGCAGCUGGCCCGGGCGCAGAGAGUGGCCGCCGCCGCCGCAGCCGCCGCUGCCGCCGGGUCGUCAGCAGGGGGCGCCGUUCCCGGGCCGGGACCGGGAGGGGGGGGUGGGGAGGCUGGGGGCUCCACCCCAACAACUCCCGAACCUGGGCUCCAACCCCAGCCCGGGACCCCCUCCUUUCGAGCACAGCUGCAGCCCGCCGCCUCGACUCCCGCCAAGCAAGCCCCUCCUACUGCGGUUACCACGGUGACCGCGCCGGCCAAUCCCCUGGGACCCAUCCAGUCUUCGGGUCCGAGCGGGACCCCCCAGAGAGACCCCCCUCUCACGGGGGCCAGCGGAUCGGCGGAGCCCCCCAGCCCAGCGGCAGUUUCUGCAGGGGGAAAGGCGGAGUCUUCAGCCGCCCAAAAGCCAUCGGGGUCCUCCACCGUCCCUCCCCAGGGGGUGAGGGCUGCUCCGUCCCGUCCGGUCACGCACCCCACCACCACCCCGGCGCUCAGCCAGAGGACACCCCAGAUCUCGCAGCCCACGGGGCCCUGCACCAGGGCCACCUCCUCCAUCACCUCCAGCAACCCCCUGGUCACCAAACUCCUGCAGGGCCAGGAGGUGCCCCUGGAGCAGAUUCUCCCCAAAGCCCUGUCCCGGCCUCGGCCCGGCCGGAGAGCGCUCGGGGGCUUCGGCCCGGCGGCGGGGGACGGCGGGGGCCCCGUCGGGGCCGAGGAGGACAGGCUGAGGGCCCCCGCGGCCCAGGACCCCGGCCCCCACCAGCACCAGCAGCAGCAGCAGCAGCAGCAGCAGCGGGAGAUGCUGAACCAGGCCACUCAGGAGCAGAUCCUGCACACGCUGAUGCAGCGCGCUCACCACGCCCAGCGCUCUUCCCCCCCGCCUGCGCCCAGCUCGCCGGCCCCCCCCCUCCCCCACCCCCACCCGAUGGGCCCGCUCCUCCGGCCCUCCGACUGCGCCCCCGUCCCCGUCCCCGUCCCGCGGCUCCCGCUGGGCUUCCUGUCCCGAAAGAGGCCGUCCCGCCCGGCCAUGACGGGACACUACCUGCUCAACGUCUCCACCUACGGGCGCGGCUCGGAGAGCGGGAAGAGGGCACACCUGGCCUCCGCCGUCCCCCUGGCCCACCUGAAGAGGGAGCAGGAGGAGGAGGAAGGAGAGGAGGGGGAGGAGGGAGAGGAGGGAGAGGAAGGGCUCGGGGAAGGGGAGGAGCAGAGCAUAGCGGGGCAAUGGAUGACCUCUGACCUUUCGGGGGUUAAGACGGAGACGCAGGGCUCCUCGGAGGACGCGGCAGACCCUCACCACCAGCAGCGCAGGAUAAAGUCGGAGUUUCCGUCGUUCGGACACGCCCCCGAUAGGGAGGGGUGUGGUAGUGGCGCUGUCGAACCCAGAGCCAAAGAGGUGGUCCGGACCCACCAGCCGGACCGGGUCGGCACCGCUCCGGGCCUGUCCGUGUCGGACACUCCGGAGCCCCCUCGCCCGCCGGGCCCCCCCACGGGCCCCCACACGGGCCGCCGCUCGCGCAAAGCGUCGUCGGAGGGCCAGGGACUGUACAGCGGUCACCCGGGCGACCGCAGCCCCGCGGAGACGGGCGGCUCCCCCGGCUACAGCCCCGCCUCCGGCAGCGGCAGCGUCAUGUCCUUCUCGGUGACGGUGACCGCCAUCCCCGCCGACCACCACCACCACCACCACCGCCCCGGCGAGGCCCCGCCCCUGCCCGCCUUCGCGGAAGGCUCCGGAAUGGACGGCGGCGCCUCCAAGUGCUACUGCCGGCUGAAGGCCAUGAUCAUGUGCAAGGGCUGCGGCGCCUUCUGCCACGACGACUGCAUUGGACCUUCCAAGCUCUGCGUGUCCUGCCUGGUAGUGCGGUAGCUGCUGCCCUGCCCCACCUACUGCUGUCUGUCCCACACACACACACACACCGCACGCACACACACACACACACACCGCACACACACACA